UGGCCUGGCCCGUUUCACUCCGAUCCGAUCCGAUGUGGUGUCGUCACUAUCGGCUUGCGGGCAGCAAGCAGGCGGUAACCAACCAAGCAGGGUUCGUCGGCUUGUCGACCGAACACCACCAGCCAGUUGUUAUUCAGCUUUCGGUCGGUCGAGACGUUGAAACGGGUUUUACGUGUGCUUUUCUGUUUGCGUUAUGCUUUGUAUGUUGGAAACAUUAGAGGUUCUUCUUGUUCUUCUCGGCUGCAGUGCUGGUUGAAUAAAGUGAACGAAUAAAAAAAAGAAACGAAGCAGAAGAGAACCAUUCAUCAGUUCGUGCUUUUGAAAGAGAACGAGUAAACUUUUGGAACAGGACACAAUCGAGCUGCCCGUGGAAAGGAGGGAGGAAAGUGAUGUUUUGUGCAAUUUCCACUCCCUUCGAGUCCCUUCGUGCAGUGCCGUUUAUUUUGUGAUAUAACAAAAGGAUUAAUGAAUUUCGCUCCGAGAACAGAGUCGUGAAUUCCGAUAAUCAUUAAUCUCGGCUUGGACGAACACCGGUCGCGUGAGACGUAGUAGCAAGGGUGAUUGAGUUCGGUUUGAAGUGUGCGGAAAGGAAAACGCAUUUUUCAGCAGUGCACUUACCGGAUUAAUGUGAAAGUUAGCCAAAAAAUCGCCAAACUAUCAGUGUGUGAGUGUGUGCUUGCAAGAAAUUGAAAUUUUUCGCCAGAAACAUUGUUGCUGUAAGACUUUUUCAUCGGUUUUUGGAUUUUUCUGCGAGGAGCACCGAAGAAAUAUGCUAUGGAAAUUACUGGAAGGAUGCAGCAGAAAAUAAAAGGUUAGUUGGACGGAGCGAAAAAAAAGAACGAACAGAAAAAAAACAAGAACCAGCUGAUACGAGACGGGAGUGUGCCGCCGUGAGCUACUCGCUAGCACCGUAGUUACCGUGACACCCACCCAACCCGGAGCGGACGGACGACCCAGACUGUAGUAGUGCCUAGACCUCCAAUUCCGCAGAAACCGGAGGGCACCCGGCGACAAUGAUUGAUAUCUGAUGCACGAGUUGUUCAAACAACAACAACAACAAGCUUCGGACGAGCUGUUCUGGAAAAUCAACCAUCUUCAGUCCAGCAAACGGUUUCGCGUUGGUGUACCCCCCGGCGUGAUUUUCGAAAGCAGGAAAGAAAAUCCAAAUUAGCUACCCCAGACGAGAACAAGCGAGAGACCUCGCGUGCAAAAGAGCGAGCGAGAAGAGGUAGGCGAAUAAAUGAUAAUGAAGGAGUGAGACCCGCGGAAUAAUCAGUGAAUUUGAGUGCGCGGAAAGUAUAGUUUGCCAACUAGUGAUUAGGGGCCGAAAAUUUGGAUGAGAAGCAAUCAGUGUCCGUCGAUGGGGAAGCAACCGAUGGGAGUGUAUCCAGUCCAGCGGUUGCUGUCGUAUGUGUGUAUGUGUAUGUGAUUGGUUUUUAGAUGAGUUUCCUUCGUUCGCCCGGAUAGCACCGCACCGAGUGAACAAACGAGAUUGUCCUGCUAAACCAGAACCGCCGCAGCAGCGCGUCAGUUUGUGUGCCCCGAAAAGUCCGGGGAGGGGUAAAUCGAGCGAGCAGAUAGGUGCUUUGUACGUGCUGAGAUUCGAACCGAAAGGGCCAUAAAAAUUGCAUAAAUCUAAGCGCGUCCGAGAGUGGUGAUAUAAAUCAAAUGGUCUCAGCUUCAACAAAAAAAAAGGAUAACAAGUACAAAAGGAAAAAUAAGUGUUGAAGAAGAUAGAGAGUGUUGUUGAAAGAGUGGAGGUAAAAAAGAACGAAAAAGGAGGAUAUAAAAUUGAUAUUUAUUACUAGUGUCCAAUGCAUUGUGUAACUGCGGGAAUAUCGAAGAAAAGGAAGUUAACUGCUGUGUGAAUAUCGAGUACACUCACAUCUAUACAGGCAGACAGGUUGUGAAAGGCUGCUGGGGAAAUUGAUUCAACAUCCUGUGUGUUAAGUGAAGUGACGGAGUGAUCAAAUUAAGUAUAUAUUUUACCGAUAUUGAGUUUAUACUUUGAGCUCUGAGAAGAGAGAGUGGUUCGCAGACAAGCAAAAGUUACUGAGGACAACCGAACUGAUUCCAAGUAUGAGCGGAUACAUUAGCACUGCUGGCAUCGAUAACAAUCUUCAGCCCAAUAAAUACGUGUGCCGUGCCAAGGCAUGUUGGGGCCCACCGCCAAUGGUCGUUUAAUGGGACCUGCUGGCAUCGGUUCGUCCGCAACGACCGCUACAGUCUCACAGCAUCGGAACCUAUGGCCACCGGCAGCGAGCCGCUCCUUCGAGUUUCAGCCCAAUGGCGAAGUGACAGAAUCGCUGUUCGCCGCAGGCGGGUAUAAUACGCCCCCGGCCAGUUCGCCGUUCCUUUCCUGCUCACCGCUGGAACUAGUCACCAAGAACUACCACAGUACCGGCGCAGCCGUCACAUUCAGCCAAGCCAAUAGCAGCAUAUUUGUACAAUCACAAACAGACUUUAUCAAUGGAACCACAGCGGUUGCCAAAAAGACGGAAACCUGCAUCGGCAGGUGGGAACACGGUACACUAGAGCCGCUGCAGAUCCAAAUUAAACGUGAACCGUGCCAAGUGUCCGAGGUUACUACAUCGAACAACUUCGAAGCCAGCACAACGGCACUGACUGCCGUUGUGAAGAUCGAAGCCCAAUCUCCGAAGGCCGUGGCCUGUUCGUCCAGUUGCGGAACCGCCGGGAGCACGAUGGACCAUAUCGGAAUCACCAGUACGCAGAACAAUGCGGCCACGAUUCCGGUCGGCAUUGCCGUCGCUCGCCAACGGUUACAAGAGUCCACUGCGGCUCCAACAUCGCAGCUCCAUCAAGCCAAAGAUCUGAACCGGUUCGGGAUAGGAAUUGCUGCCACCGCAGCAGCUACCGGAUCCACUGCUGAUUUAGGCUGCAGCACGCCGAGUCUGAGUCAGAACAUGUUUUUCGCAGGCACCAACUCUACCAUGAUACCCCUCUCGUCGGAGGCAGUUACGAUGGGCGUGACCAACGCGGCCGCCGCCGCUGCCGCUGCCGUCCAGAAUGCCGUUAGAACACCGCCCGCCCUGUGGCAGUAUCCCGCUCCCGUUCCGAUGGAAUCGAUGCUUCCAAUGCCGCCGAUUCCUCCCGUGGGAUUCCAACUGGUGCGGGAUCCCAGCACCGGACAGAUUCUAUUUUUGCCCACAACAACAACAAUUGCCAACCCACCCAGCUUUCUAGAUAAAAUCUAUAUUUCUUGUGUAGAACCAUUUCAACAGACGGUGGUGUGGCCAUCCUAUCCGCAAACGACGGCUGCGAUACAGCCGCCGCAUCUCCUGUUGCCGCAAAUAACGCAGCAGCAACUCCAGCCGCCCCCGCUGGCACCACUGCAGAUGCUCAGUUCCGACUAUUUGACAACCGCCAGCAGUACGACUUUGCAUCAGGUUAGCUCCCAGCACAGCGAUAAGGCCAUCCCAAUACUCAACCCUUCAAUCUCUCUGCAGCAACAGCAUACUCAAACGCACCACAGUACAAGAUACGUGGCGCUUACUUCCGACGGAAACAAACGAUCCUCCGGAAACAAUAAGCAGUCGAUCGGAAACCUUUCAGCGCCCUGUCAGCCAUCCAUUCCGAUGCCAAUCCCCUCACAUACCUUCAUCAAGAUCGAAGACUGCAGCGGCUCUACCACUUCCGGUUGCAACAAUUCCACUCAACUGUUUCAUGAUCAGGAGAAAACCAUUCAAACGGCAACGAUCGCCACAUCCCCAGAUAUCGCCCCUCAGUUGCUAUUCCAGCAAGGCAAUCUCAUACAGAUCACACCCUCCAAUAAAAGUGCCACCACCAUGAUCGAACAUUCAGCAAUUCUGCCUGCCAUAGCUGCAGCAAAUCCCAUCACACCUCCGCCGUCUACCGUCUCCGCCGCAAUUGCUCCGAGUCCCCAACAACCGGAGCUUCCGAUUGCCACAUGUCUAACGCCUCCUCCCGAUCAAUCUCUGUCGCACGGUGAGGAUGCCGAGGAAGCGUCAUCGAGCUGUAUCGGUCCCGAGGUUCAGGAUGCAAACAUCCAAACCGACACGCCCGUUAUGAGCGAAGAUGACAACACCAACGGAGCGGACGAUGUACCCCAGCAGCAGGAUGCCUCAACGCUGACGAUAGCGACCACUCACACCGAAGAAACACCUUUCUCGGAUUCAUUCAUAUCUCCAUCGGUUGCCCCAACAUUGGCUGCCCCUUCGCUGUCGACGUCCACAUCGGAAGUGCUAUGUCAAAGCAUCAUCAACAGCAGUGCAGACUCCGCGAUCGAGCCGGACAUGUCAACCCAUUCCUCGUCGGCUGUCAGUCUCAAUUUCAGCAACACAAGUACCGCAAAUUGUGAUCAAAUAGAUAUGGAAAAUGAACACAGCACAGCAAAUUCCAUGGCAGUCGCUCCAACGGACCCGACACCAUCGACCGAAUCCCAGCCAGAAGGUCUCACCGUGAACGCCACCUUCGGAACCCUUAGAAUUCCAAAACAGGAAAUGCUAUCCCCAGUGGAAAAUCCUUCACCCCAGGAAUCGGAAGAAACUUGUCCCAAGCAGCCAAAUUCUUUCCCUCAGCAGGAACAUCCGGUAGAUCUCAGUGGACUAGAACUACUCUCCCGAAGCAUAGAAGUCUUCCAGAAAAAGGCAUCGAUGAUCAAAAAAGAACCCAUAUCACCACAGCUACCCCCGGAACCUAUGCAGCUACUUCCCAUAGCUCCGUUAGUCACUUGUGAAUCGGAAGCAGGCCGAAGGCCUAGCGUCCAAGAAACCGACCACCAGCUGCCAGAGGCACCUCCGUCCCCACCACCCUCUGUAAACGUUACACUACCCCCCGUCGUUCAACCGACCCUACCCGUAACGGGCACUUUCAUCGACGGUGACGAACCCAUGGUCGGCCUAAACUUACUCUGCGCUCUGGCUGAGCAACGGUUCCAGGAGGAAGGUAUGUUCAAGAAAGAUUCUCCAGCAACGAAUUUCUCCCCGGAAAUGUGCCCAAAUACUGAGGGAAAAGCCGGUAUCACCGAGUCUUCCCCUCAGCCUCAGCCGCCAGUGGUGGCCGUCAGUCCGGAGGUGUCGUCAGCACGCAAACGUAAACACAAACAUUCCAAGGAUUCGAAAAAGUCCAGCAAAAAAUCGAAACACGACCGAGAACAGAGGCGAGAACGCAAGCGGAAGCAUAGCUCCGAUGCCAAUGGGGAUGAUGAGAUGGAAGGCGUGCUGAGGGAGAGCUUCUCACGGAUACGUGCCAAGCUGGAGAAGUGCAACUGCAAGGAUGCCGAUGAAAAAGAUCAUCGUUGCUGUAGGCCCAGUUGGCCUUCACCGAACGAACUGUUCAGCGUAAUUGAAUCCGACAUGAAGGAGAGGUUGGUAAACAUCACGCGACAGUGUGAGGAAAAAAAGCGAGAGCUAGAACAAAUGGGAACCACUUCAGUAGCUAAGGUUAAACCAUUGACGGCUAUGGUACGAAUACCGGAUAUCGGUAAAUCAUAUUUCGGUGGCUUCAGCGGUAGUAGCGGACUACUGAACGGUAGUUCCACUAGCAACGGAACCAGUGCUCCAACAUUAUCUGCACCAAAAUUGAGCACAAUACCAGCACUGUCACCAAACUUUUCCUCAUCCUCCAACUCAACAUUCGUUGAACUCCCCAAGCUAAGUUCCGAUACCGACUCCGGUAAGCUCGAAGAUGGAGACUCCAGUUCAAUCGAGCGACUGUCGGCUUCCAAGCGAAAGGGUGGAGUUCCGAAGAAACACGAUGAGAUUGCUCUGACUGAAACGAUUGUGGCUAAGAAGCCAAAAAGUUUGGUAGGAUACAUACUGGCGUCGAAGAACCGACAGGCCGACACCAAUGUGAAGGAGAUCAGUCAACACAAGGCGUCUUCACAUCACCAUCAUCACCAUCGUCAGCAUGCACUGGCAACAAGCACAGCUACAAACGCCAAAGUAGGUGAAACGAAGCCGAAGAAAUCUCCCAUUCACGCGUCCAAGUUCGAGAGCACAACAAGUGAUGAUGCAAGCAAUUACUCCGACAGCUCCAACAAACCCCAACUGAAAAUAAAGUCGCCGGCUUUUAGCUUCGAUGACGAAAACAGCAAACCAUCGGAUGCAGCGUUCUCCAUCUUUGGUGGUAAACCAUCGAUCUUCGACAAGAUGAAGACCUCACCGGUUAGUGUGUCCAGUCCACUGCAGAUGUCUCCAGUUCAAGCGGUAAUCACACCAGUGAAGCAUCACUCAAAGCACAAGAAGUCACGAAGUAAGGAACGCAAGCGUCGUAGUUCCGAAAAGAAGCGAAUCGAUCAGAAAUGUUUGCUGACCAGCGAACAUUUGGGCAAGGAAAAAACUCGCGUCUUGACUGCGAUGGGUGGUUUAUUCUAUGCUGGAUGCCUCAGUGCGGUUCAGCCCCCGGAUAUAUACGCAGUAACGUUGGAUGGCGAACGGGGCAACCGGCCGCACAUCAUGUCUCGAGAAGAGGUUCUGCGUGACGCUAUUCUUGAGGUUGCACCAAAGACGGUCGACGAAAUCAUCCCGGGAACCCGGGUGUGUGCAUACUGGAGCCAACAGUAUCGAUGCCUGUAUCCGGGAGUUGCGGCAGAGCCGACAUCCCCCGAUCCGGAGAAAAGAUACGUCAACGUUGAGUUCGACGAUGGAGACAACGGCAGAAUAACGCUGGAGGAUAUUCGCUUUCUGCUGAGUGACUAUCCGAUAGUUGAAUACGAUCCAAAUCCUCUUCUAUCGUUAGGCAAGAGAAAGCGCCAACCAAGUGUUUCGGAGGUCAGUGCUGCAGGCACUACCACCACGGUCGGAGUAACUAUGGCACCGAUGGCCAGCACAAGUACAACAAUCACGACAAACUGUUUUGCUGUUGUUAGUGAACGAACCGAGAAACGCGUCCAUGACGAUGCGUACCGGGAGGAACGCCGGAGACUGAAGAAAAUACGCAAGGACAAACUGCGAAGGCUUGCGGCUAAUAAUGCAGAGCUGGGCUCGCACAAGCACAAGAAAAAGUCUAAAUGCAGCGACGAGUACUGCAAGCACCGGAAGCACAAGAAGCGAAGAAAGCACAAGAAACAUCACCGGGAGAAUGAUAUUCCAUCAUCACCGGAGGCAGCCGCUACCGGUUCGAUGGACGAUGACAUCUCGCAGGGUGACAGUGCUUCCCAAGCAGCCGAACCGUUUAGUCCAGCAUCGGUGGACGCGGGCAAUCCGGGAGAAAAACCGGACGAACCGGAAAUCUUCAAUCCCACCCUAAAGGAGGACACCAUGACCGAGGAGGAAGCCAGCUCCUCGAUUACCGAGAGUUCCGGAUCGUACUACCAACCGAAAAAAUCGACGGACAAGCUGGAGAAACGACAAUCGACGGAGAACAACAGCAAAAUCGCUGCUUUCCUGCCGGCUCGACAGUUGUGGGCCUGGUGCGGAAAGGGAUACCGUCGAUCAACCGGGCGCGUUAAGAAGCAGUUCUACAAAUCGAUCCAGCGAGGCAAGGAAACCAUUUCGGUCGGUGAUAGUGCUGUGUUUCUAUCCACGGGCCGUCCCGAUAGGCCGUACAUCGGUCACAUCGAGUCCAUGUGGGAAACGUCCACCAACAAUAUGGUGGUACGCGUCAAAUGGUUCUACCAUCCAGAGGAAACCGAAGGAUGCCCCAAUCUGAAGUAUCCGGGUGCCCUUUUCCAGUCACCGCACGAGGACGAGAACGACGUGCAAACGAUUUCGCACAAAUGUGAGGUCCUGUCGCUGAAGGAGUACACCGCCAAGUUCGGCUCGGACCCCAAGCAGUACAGUGCGAUCUACGACAACAAUGACACCUACUAUCUGGCAGGCUACUACGAUCCGACGGUUAUCACCAUCAAAAUGCAGCCGGAAAUCGAGGUGCUGCCAGGGGAGGAAAAAUGGGCCAAAACAAAUUAAGCUGAACUGUUUUCUUCCGUGAUUCCGUGAUUGUGAUGCAAUUCUAGGAUGUGCAAUUUUUUCGGCAAACACUUUUGCAAUCUUAUUUCUCCGAAUACCCGUCAUACAUAUUGGCGCUUACGCGUAGGCUUAUUCCAUCGCUCGAGUUGGAGUUAUCUUAGUUGUUAAAAACAAUUCAAAGACUUCAAAGUGAAUCGUAUAGAGAAGUAGACCCAAGCAGUUCUUGUAAAGAAUCUGUUCGCUAAAGCAACACUUUCUAAAAGUGCGUAGAAUUAGGCUAUAAAUAUCUGUAAAUACUAUUUUCGAGAUUAAAUAACAUUAAACUAUCAUCUGUAUAGUAGUUGUAAAUUUAAGUCCGUAAUAUUACAGUCAGAGCUCAUACUAAUAUCAAGCAAACUGAAGAGAAUGGUAAUAUAUUUUUCUACUUGUUGAGAUUUAUAUAAGCCUAACAUAGAAAAGACAAACUAAAAGGAUACCGUAUCAGGUAACACCGAAGAGCUUUUGGGAACGAAAUUCAAAAUACCUCUGCUAUACAUUAUUUCCUAAUCAAAAGUAAACGAUACAAAACAAAAAUCGAACUGAAAAUGAACUAUUUUGGAGUGAUAUUAGGGAGAAACAAAAAUUAUCAACCAAUAACAAUUGAAAGGCAAACUCUUUCGGCAAUUGCGUGAGCCUAUACAUUUGGAAUCAAUUCCUUCCGUGUAAGCUAAUGUACAGCAGGGGUAAAUCGCAGCGAUCUGUGAAGUUUUACUUAAAAUUACCGCUUGAUAAUCGGAUGAUUUUUCAACUUGAUCUCUUUCCAUCGUUAGUUGGUAUCAUGCAAUCCGUUUCAAUCCUAGUAUUACAACCCAUCUAGCUGUUGAAGCAUUAGAAUAUCUAGAUUAAGUGUAUUACCAAGCAGGUAGAGCAGUGGCAAGAUAGUAUAAUUUAUUCGAACAUUUACAGCACACACACUCACACAGACAAACACAAGUCGCUUCAGAUUAGCAGCGAUAAAAUCAAUUUUUUUCUCAAAUCAUAAACUGUAAGAAUCUAACUUCGAUCGAUGGAUGGCAAACCCGCACAGAUGGCGAUAAACGAGACAAACGGAACCCAGUGGCAAAAUUUAGUUUCUAGGUUUAAGAGAAAAAAAUCGUCGUUCGUGUUUUGUUUUGUAUAAAUAUGGAAACGUAGAAUUUGAAUAAUGGUAUCAGUCGAGUAAGAAUUGGAUUAAAAUUCAAAACGAGCUUCUGCUAUGCUACAAGUUUAGCUUAUUACGCUGUGUUUAGCGCACGUUUCUUCGCACCAAUACAGUUUUUGUGCAUGUUAAGUUGAUCACAUUUCUAGCGCUAAUUUAAGAUUUAUGUAUGUAUACUGAAUUGAUUCUGAUUCUGACCCUGACAAUAGGGCACCAACGGUAAUAGGUUGUAUACUCAGACGGAGGAAAAUCAAAAUGUACGAUUGGCUAAGUGACUGGAGGCUGAACGAACGUGUUGAGUACGAAUGCAUUUACGCGGCAGAUCAGAAAGAAGCACGCUAAAAUGAUCCAUUUUUAAUUAUUAUUAUUAUUAUUAUUGGCCAAUCGAAGAACUAGUUAUUAGGUGUAUGUUUUUUAUGAUCAUGUAUGUGUAAACUGGACAUAAAAUUGGC